AUGGGCACGCCAAUCGUCAGAGGACGCGCGCCGUAUGGCGAAUCCCUUUCUGGCUGGGACGACCAGAUACGCAUGCUGACGGAUUGGUGUCUCCUCACAUCUGUCAAGGAUGAUCAUAAUCCUGAUGAGCCAUACCGUGCGUUGCUUGGGGACCCGAAAGCCCUUAGAGACAAGUCUGGCGAACUUGGAGAGCUACGAAGACGAUCGGGAGUGCAUGUGGAUGACGACGGUCGCCUUUCUGUCCUCUGUCACGGACUACAAACCCCAAGACCAAGUGUCUCGCGAUCGUUAUCCCUUCUUAUCCCAAGUAUUACACAGCUAUCCAGGGCGGAUAUCAAGCACUUCUCGACUAUUGCUGCUACACGCUCAUCCCAUGCAAUAGCCACCCGGGCCGCAAGACAGAGGGCGAUGGAGCUCUUCUCUUCUCUUGCGAUCCUCCCAGACGCGCUUACCGAGAAGGAAUUGUGGGCUUUGCUCCUAGAAGCGACAGGGCACAUGGAACCAGAGAGGUCCCCCGUCAUUGCCCAAGCCUCCCCAGAUAUCUUCGUACUUGCUAUGCGGAAUGGCAAGGUCAAGGCUUCUCCAGAUCGUACUGGGUUAGUCUUCGAAGCUGAAGGGAGGAUGACCACUUCAGACCACGAGUCGCUCAUCGACUAUCUCACUGACAAGCUCAACGGUGCCAACGACAACUUUUUGAGUCUGGUCAUCCUCACCUUCGUUUUCUGGUUCGGAAGCGGCGGAACAAACUCCUCUCUAUCUGCCGUGACCAAAGCCCUGGACAAGAUGAUCACUGUUGCUAAGGCCAUCGAUGGCCGGACUCACAGGGGCAUCAGCUCGCGAGAGCGCAGGGACCUGCUCUGGAUCUCUGAGCUGUAUCGCAAGAGCUACCCACUCACUGUCUUCCACGGGGCCCGCUUCCGACGACUUCUUCAUACCCUGGGGCACGCGUUCCGCAAGGAUCUGCUAGUUGGCCCACAGGACAAGAUCCAUUCACACUUACAUGACGCCCUCGUGGCAGCCCACAAAGAACGCCCUCAAUGCGAGGUUGACCCCCUGUGCCCAUGGACAUCGCACAACUGCACGCGCAUCUGGGGCACCUGUCCUCUUCUCUCCAAACGGCGGAACUCCGUCCUCGGGCCAUCUUCCCCCGUCUCGCCUGGAUAUCCAGAAUUCUACUUCCUGCGGUCUAGGGAGCACACAGAAUCGAGCAUCGGCUCCUCGGGGAGCCUGUCCCCUCCCCCUCCCAUCUACCUCCCCAUGCUCCCGCGAUCGUUCUCUCGCAGGGAACGCAGGGCCACUUCCAGUGCCACCGCGCUCAUCGAGAGCCCGGUUUCGGAAGGACGCCCCUCGUUGGACACGCAGUACAGCGCCCCGAGUGAGGCCUCCCACAACGAGACUCGCACGGUGCGGCCGAGGAUUGGGUUCGCGGACGUCGUCCGCCGCCUGGGCGGGCAGGCCAGGGUGCUCUCCCCUCCCCCGACACAAACAGAUGCUGCGCGUCCGGCAGAGGCCAACCAGGGGCACGGCUCAUCGGGCGCGCAGGCAGUUGUGCGCGAGGCGGCUUCGCGAGAUCGUGCCUUCUCUGAUCCAACUCCGGGUGCUGGCUAUCCCCCUGCGUCAUCUAUACUGCUAUCACCCCAGACACACUCUCCCGAGACAACCGAAGUCGGCUCGUCAACUACGAACGUUCCGGUCGUCGCCGACACCAGCCCUUCGCAAACUCAACCUUCGCCCCCGCUCGAUGUCGAUCCAUCGGGAACCCGUUCCGAGGCCAGUGAUGCAGCAACAGUAAACGUGGCGGCAAGUCGCAGCAGUCCGCGGUAUGCAGCAAGCCUGUUCGAAGGGCACGGUGAAGCGGAGCAAGACGGCGAGGGGAAUUUCGACCGAGUCGUUGAGGUUGGCGCCGUCCGUAACAAAGCAAAUGGGGCAGUGCAGGAGCAAAGGAGCGACCACAUGGGGGACGUAGGUGAUUGA